AUGGCAAGACUCCGAGUGAUUGUACUGCUGUUGGCCACAGUGGUUGGGGCUUCAUUAGCUGACCCGAGCCCAAAGUGUACGGUAUCCGUCACCACCGCUAGCGGAUCAAUGGCUCGUGCUGGACCGUACUGUACCGGAGACCUAAUUUUCGAGGAUAAUUUCAACUCUCUCAACUUUGAAACGUGGGAACACGAAAAUACCCUCAGUGGCGGUGGUAACUGGGAGUUCCAGUGGUACCUGAACCACCGUUCGAAUUCUUACUGUGAAAAUGGUAUUUUCUACAUCCGACCCACACUGCUGUCCGCCGAUACGGGUGAGGCGUUCCUGAGUAGCGGUACGCUGAAUAUUCACGGUGGCCAACCGGCCGACCAGUGUACCAGUCCACUGUUUUGGGGCUGCGAGCGAACCGGUACACCCACGAACUACAUCAAUCCGAUCAAGAGUGCGCGGGUGCGAUCGGUAAACUCGUUCAACUUCAAAUACGGCACGAUGGAGGUACGUGCCCGCAUGCCAACAGGGGAUUGGUUGUGGCCGGCCAUUUGGUUGCUACCGAAACGCCAAGCAUACGGCACGUGGCCGGCGUCCGGUGAGAUCGAUCUGAUGGAAUCGCGAGGCAACCUAGAGUACCGUGAUGCGAACGGUGUCCACAUCGGGGCGGAACAAGUCGGCUCAACGCUUCACUUCGGUCCCAACCCGGAUCUGAACGGGUGGGCAACAACGGUCGCCUACAAGAAUAGCCCCGCUGGACAGGGUUGGAACACGGGGUUCAACAAUUAUCAGCUUACCUGGACGCCGACCUAUUUGCGGUUCGCGGUCAACAAUGAAGUCAUCACCCAGAUUGACGCCGGGACGGGCUUCUGGAAUCGGGGCAACUUUGGAAACAUUGCCCCGGGCGUGGAGAACCCCUGGAUGCACGGUACGCUGAUGGCACCGUUCGAUCAGGAGUUCUACAUCAUCAUGAACUUGGCCAUCGGUGGCACGAAUGGGUUCUUCCCGGACGUACCGCCAGCAUCGAACGGUAACCGGGGCAAGCCGUGGGCCAACACUUCACCAUCGGCGGCGCGCGAUUUCUGGAUCGGACGCGGAUCCUGGGAACCGACCUGGCGUAUGAGCGACAACCGUGGCAAGGAUUCCUCGUUGCAGAUCGACUACGUGCGCGUUUGGGCUCUGUAG